GUAGUCUCAUCCCCGCCAGAGAGAGAGGCAUGAUGAAGGCGCUUUAAGAGAAAGCCCAGCUCCUGUCCGGGAUCCUGGCAGGACACAGACCCUCAGCUCACCUGAUGCGCAACAGUCGCAGAAGAACAGGUUUCUGCGCUCCAUAACAGUGCAUGUGGCUCCUGUUCAGUUACCUGCUAUCGGGUCCCUAAAGGGGAACAGACUUGCAUCUCUCCUUACAGCAGCGUCCCUUACCUGCAGCUGGGCUGCGGGCAGAGACACAGCUGCAGCCGGUGUGUGGAUCCAGGGAGGCGGGCUACAAAGAAGAUAAACACGAACCUGAACCUACAAAUCAUGACACAAUAAAAUGUGUAAAUAAAAGUCAAAUCAAGUCUGGCAAAGUGAACUGAUUUUAGUCCUUUCUCUGACGGGAGCCAAGAAACAUCGGGUCAUGGAGCUACAGCAUAAUGCCAGCCACAAUCAGACCUUGUGGAAAGAGAUACCGUGGGAAUCCACUGAGGACUGCUCGCUCUCAGUGAGCGGGACCACUUUCCUAAUCAUUGCUUACAGCAUAGUCAUGGCUGUGGGCCUCAUUGGGAACUCCUGUCUGGUGUUUGUCAUCAUGCGGCACAAGGAGAUGCAAAAUGUUACCAACAUCUUCAUCGUCAAUCUGUCUUGUUCUGACAUUCUAAUGUGCAUCAUAUGCCUGCCAGUUACUAUCAUCUACACACUGAUGGACCAGUGGAUCCUGGGAGAUACCCUGUGCAAGCUGACACCCUUUAUCCAGUGCAUUUCAGUAACCGUUUCAAUCUUCUCCCUCGUCCUCAUUGCCAUGGAGCGCUACCAACUCAUAGUCCAUCCGACGGGUUGGAAACCACUGGUGAGCCAGUCCUACUUCGCGGUGGCUGUCACCUGGAUCCUGGCCUGUCUUAUGUCUGUGCCUUUCCUCAAGUACAGCGUGCUUACCUUGCCUUUCCAGAACCUGAGCCUCCCCAUUCCUGUCAGAGACCACCUCAUUUGCAUGGAGCAGUGGCCGUCAGUUGAGAAGCGCCGCGCGUACACCACUUCCUUACUCGUCUUCCAGUACCUGCUCCCUCUCACGCUUAUCUUGGUCUGCUACCUGCACAUCUACCUGCGCUUGAGAAGGAGGAAGGAUAUGGUUGAGCGGGGCAGGAAUGCGACUCAGAAAAAGAACAAGGGCUCGACGAGGAUCAACGCCAUGCUGAUCUCUAUCGUGGUGGCGUUCGCCCUGUCCUGGCUUCCUCUAAACAUCUUCAACACAGUGUUUGACUGGAACCACGAAGCCAUCCCGUCUUGUGGCCAAGACGACGUCAUCUUUUCUUUCUGCCACCUCACUGCCAUGGUCUCCACUUGCGUCAACCCAAUCAUCUAUGGGUUCCUAAACAGCAACUUCCAGAAGCAGCUCAAGUCCACGGUGUUGCGCUGUCGGUGCUGGGGGGCUGUGGACAGGUACGAAAUCGUCCCACUCUCCACCGUCAGCACAGAGGUCACCAAAGGGUCAGUCUUCAGUAAUGGAUCUAUCACCUUUAACUCUUAAAUCGUAGGAUACCAUACCCGAAACUAUCCCAUCAUUGGGUUUUUUCAUUUUGACUUUGAAGAAACUUCUCUCUUCGUAAACUAUAACUCUAUGAAACAAUACUGAAAAGCAAAUUGUGGACUUUUUUAUGAUUUAGAGAGGGUUUUCGAUAAAGAGGAAGUAGAUAACAAUUGGGACAAAGGUUGGACAAGCUAAACUACUGAUGGACAACAGAGGACACUUGACAUGGCCAUAUGAUGUAAGGACCUACAAGUGAACAGACACCCUUUACACCCUUCGACAUGUUUCUCUGUAAAAGUCUAGCAUCUUUUCUUAUGUCUGGAGUUAUCAGAGGACCUAACGUGAAAUGUAAAUGAGCUUAACCCCAGCGAAUGUUGGGAAAAGCAAGGAUAUGUUGUUUUUAAUUAAGUUCCUUUUUUUAAUGGCGCUAAUGAAAAUAUCAAGGGGAUUGUUACCUGUUAAUGAUUAUCAACUAAUGCAGUAUUAGUGCUUUAGAUGUGGCUCUAGGGGCUCAUUCAGUCGAUUUACGGGCGCCGUCUUAUACUUUUAUCAUUGUCUAAAAUCACCGCCAGUGCUGUAACAGUGGUUCUCAGAUAACCUCGGCUGGAGCUGUAUACAUCUCCUGCUGUCAGCCUGGUUCUGGACUCCAAUCUGUAUAUAUGUGUGGGAUAGUGUCUGCCAUAAAAUGUGCCGUACAGCAAUCGUAUAUCCGCUGCAAUAAAACAAAAUAAAAGUGACAGUAAAGGACUUUGUCAGAGCAGGUUUCUUCUGCUGUAAAUAUAUCACAUGAUAGAGUUAUAGUUUAUGAUGUGGUCUAAAGUAAAGAGCACUUUGUAGCCUAGCAAAUAUCUCUCAGUGACCUGUUGUUAGACACCGUGCAUUUAUAAUCGCAUUAGAUCGUAUAUCUUUAAUGAUAAAACUUGUGCUGUAAUAUUCGGGUUAGCUCUAUGUUACAUUGAAACA